AUGGUAGAAACCGCCAAUGAUGCUCCAUCCAUCAUUGAUGGUGUUUCGGUAAGCGUAAUAAAAAAUUUCAACGUUUCCGGUAAUAAUUUACAAGAAAAAAAUAAAACAAGAACAUCGGAAAUAGGAAUAUUGGAAAAAGCUGAUUUCGAACAAGCCAUCGAAUUGACGGGCUAUGGAAAAUUUCAUUAUUAUUUACUUGCCGUUUGCGGUUUUGUGAGUACGUCAGAAGAAAUGGACGUGAUUUCUAUGUCAUUUAUAUUACCGUCAGCGCAAUGUGACCUUAAACUUAACACACAGACAAAAGGAUGGUUAAAUAGCAUUAUAUUCAUUGGAAUGAUGGUCGGUGCAUAUUUUUGGGGUUCCAUGGCGGAUGCUGUGGGACGUAAAAAAGUUUUGAUUGUUAUUUCAUUUAUGAAUGCUCUCUGCAUCGUGACGUCUAGUUUUAGUCAAAAUUAUGAAUUUUUCAUGCUAUUUAGAUUUUUAAACGGUGCCGCAUUGGGUGGGAGCGGUCCAGUUAUUUGGUCUUAUUUUGCAGAAUUUCAACCAAAACAAAAAAGAGGAUCCAUGUUAAGUUUCAUGGCUGCUUUUUGGACUCUAGGAAAUCUUUUCGUCGCGUGUUUGGCGUGGUUGGUGAUACCCAGCAGGAUAGGUUACUACUCAUCUGAUUUUCUUUAUAAUUCUUGGCGUAUAUUUUUAUUGAUUUGCGCCGCGCCUAGUCUUCUCGUUGGUAUAUUUUUAAUAUUUUUUCCCGAAAGUCCAAAAUUUUUACUAAUGAGAUGUAAAAACGAAGAAGCUUUAUCCGCUUUUCGUCACAUAUAUUCAUCGAAUACCGGAAAAUGUCCCGAAUCAUAUCCGGUUUUGGAUCUUUUGCUGACGGAAUCAGAUUGUCAAAAAAAUUUAAAUAAAAAAGGAGCUUCUUACGUAAAAGUUAUGAUAUCGGAUAUAAUUGAUAAUAGUAAACAAUUGUUCAGAAAUCCGAUUCUUAGAUUUACUCUCAUAUCAAUAACAAUUAAUUUUACUUUUCACAUAGGAUAUUACGGUUUGAUGAUGUGGUUUCCAGAACUUUUUAAUCGUUUCGAUGAAUUCAAUAGAGUUCAUCCGGGACAAGAGGCAUCCGUUUGUCAGGUGACGGAAUUCGUUAUAACUUCCGGUUCUCACAGUCACGAAGAUUUAUGCGAUGAUUCAAUCGAAGGAGCCGUUUUUAUGGAUUCUUUCAUAACCGUCGCGGCUGCCAUACCGAGUAACAUUCUUGCCGUUUUAGGAAUGGAUCACGUGGGAAGAAAAUUUUUUUUAGUUUUCAGUACGUUUUCUGCUGGUUUGUGUGCCAUAGGAAUGUAUUUUGUAUAUAACACGAGACAUAAUUUAAUAGCGACAGCAGUUUUUUCCGGUGUCAUCAGUUGUGGCAACGCAGCUCUCGAUUGCCUCAUAACAGAAAUUUUUCCAACAAAUUUAAGAGCAACCGGCGUUGCCAUAUCGAUGGUAGCAGCCAGAUUAGGUGGUAUAAUUGGUAACAUUGUUAUUGCGACACUUUUGGAUUGGUAUUGUCCCGCACCGACAUUUAUCGUCGCCGCUCUUCUCAUCGGUGGUGGUUUGUUGUGUUUGAGUUUACCCAACACUACGAGAGAGCCUCUCACUUAA